AAUCAAAUUGUCAAUGUCAAAACCUGGAGAGCGGAAUAUAACCUAAAAUUGUGUGUGUGAUACACAAAGAAGUAAAUUUAACGCUAAUAUUCUUCAUAUUCUAAAAAUAAUAUCAGGUAUUUAAAUUUUCAUCACAAUGGCUGAAGAAAUACAAAAGAAAUUGCAAAAAGAGUUAGAGAUUUUCAACGGUGUACAGAAAGAAUAUCAUAAGGCAGUAGCUUUGAAGCAGCAAUUAGAUAGCCAGUUGAAUGAAAAUAAAGCUGUAAAGGAAGAACUAGCUCUCUUAAAAAAAGAUGCUGAAGUGUAUAAACUUAUCGGCCCUGUGCUGGUUAAGCAAGACCUAGAUGAAGCCCGGCAAAACGUCGCCAAACGUAUGGACUACAUCAACAAGGAAAUUAAAAGAACAGAUGAUCAUAUUUCUGCUUUGGAAAACAAACAAGAGGCCUUACAAGAGAAUCUGAACAAACUAAAGAAUGAUCUCGGCAAACUGAAGAUAAAUGCCUGAAAUAUUUGCAAAUCAUUGUCUUAAUGCUUUACCUCUAAAUAAACCAUGCAUAUUGUAAUUUAUACUUGAAUAUAGUAUUAACAUUUUA